AUGACCAGGCCAAUCCCAUCUCAAAAAUAUCCCGACGCUCACGAAUACUUCAACCACCUUUGGUCUAACACGAAAAACAAAUCCAGAAGCAAACAUCACCAAGCGCCUAUCAAGAAUUUCUUUGCAGCCAACACCUCAUCCACUGAUUUAGAUUAUACUGCGUUACAGCUCGCCUCCGGCGAAACCCUCCGUCCUCUUGUCGACAACGGUAGCAAUGCCUCCUUUAUCAGUCGCAAUAUCGUUGAUCAACACGGCCUAAUUACCUUCACUAAUAAAGACCAUCCCCAAAUCUCAGUGGGCACUAUCGUGGGUACUGUUGAGUUCCCCAACCAGACCACUAGAAUCAAAUUCUUCUUAACAGACGCCGAUUCCCUCUGUCAACACACUUUCCAGAUUGUCCCACAAGACGAUUUAAUCAUCUGCGGGAAGGAUUUCAUUAACACUUUUAAUCCUCCGAUUGUCCCUCUUCCAGACACACGUAUCACUAGUCUUGUUGACACUUAUGUUACAACCGGUGAAUUUCAGUUGCCUGAACUUAACAGUCACGCAUACAAAUUCAACCUUACCAGUCCUUUGUCUUCCAUCCCUCCACGCCUGCCUUACCUGUUGGAUCACUAUCUCCAAGCCCAACUUCGUGAAGAAGUCGAUCUGCUUCAACGUCGCAAUCUCAUCGUCAAAACAGAACCAACCAAUCAUUAUUGCCUUCCCUUCUUCGUUGGAAAACCUAGGACCACCGAAAAACGUAUGGUUAUCGAUUACCGACCACUCAACGCGAUCACUGAAACCAUUCCACCCACGGUUACCAAAUUUAACGAAUUAGUCGCUAAUAUUAAGGGCCGUUACAUGACUACCCUUGAUUUAAGUUCUGCUUUUCAUCAUAUCAGACUUGAUCCAUCCACGGCUCAUUGCACCACUUUUCGUACUCCCUUCGGAUAUUAUUAUUGGAAUGUUUUGCCUUUUGGUAUUGCUAAUGCCCCUGAAGUCUUCUCCCGUUAUCUCAGACAGCUUCUCCACAGCCAUUCCGAAUACAUUCGUCUAUACCAAGACGAUAUUUUGAUUUUCUCCGAUUCCAAGGAAGAGCAUAUCCGUCAUCUAGAAGCAGUUAUGAAAACCCUUCACGAGCAUCAACUUCGCAUCAAUAGUGACAAAUGCGUCUUCGCCGCUCAGAAACUCGAUUGGAUAGGACACACUCUCUAUGUCGACGGUAAUCAUAUCCUCAUUGCCCCUACCGAGGAUACUAGCACCAAGAUUAAGAACUUCCCCGUCCCCACAUCCAAGAAACAAGUCCAACAAUUCUUAGGACACCUUGCAUACAUAAACGAGUUCAUUCCUAACUACACUGCAAUGACUGUUCCUCUUACCGAGUUGCUAAAGAAAGCUAUAAAUUUCCACUGGUCCUCCGCAUGCCAGGAGUCUUUCGACAAACUCAAACAGCUAGAAAUUGACCAACAUGCCCUACAUCCUUUUGACGCAAGUAAACCGCUCAAGAUCACCACUGACGCAAGUCAGUAUGCAGUUGGUGCCACCCUUUGGCAAUCUUUUGAUGGUAAAGAGUUCCCCAUUGAAUACCGCUCCAUGAAACUCAAUCCUUUCCAGGUUAACUGGACCGUGACCGAAAAGGAACUUUAUGCUAUCAAGUUUGCUGUUCGCAAGUACUCCUUCUUUCUUGCCAACAACCCGUUCACCACCCACAUUUAUACCGAUCAUCGUCCGCUCUCCCAGAUCUUUCAGAGUGAAACCCCUGAACCAAAACAUCACCGCUGGCUUUCAGAAAUUCUCUCUGUCUCAUGA